ACUCGGGCCAUUUCCCAAAUCCCAAACGCCGUCCGCCAUGGCCGCGGACCCUAGCGCCGACCUACCCAACGGAGCGCCCGCCGGCGCCGACCAGAAGAAGUCGCGCGAGAGCGACCGCCGCCGCCGGCGACGGAAGCAGAAGAAGAACAAGACCCCCGCCGAAGCACCCGCAGCAGAUACGGCCGGGGACUCCGCGGAGGAGGACAAGCCCGAUCUCAAACCCCAGGUGGAGGUCGAGGUCGAGUACGUGGCGGAGGAGCCGGACCUCGCAGACGGCCUCCUCGCCGACUUCAAAGACAUAUUUGAGAAGUUCACCUUCAAGGACUCCCCCGCUGACGCGGAGGAUGGCGAGAAGAAGGAUGAGGCUGGCGCCGAUGCGGCGAAGAAGGGGUCUGGAUCUGAUUCAGACGACGAUGAGCAGGAGGCCCAGCAGAAGAAGAAGGAAGGAGGCCUGUCCAACAAGAAGAAAAAACUGGAACAAAGGAUGAAGAUUGCAGAGUUGAAACAGAUAUGUAACAGGCCCGACGUUGUUGAGGUCUGGGAUGCGACAGCGUCAGAUCCCAAGUUACUCGUCUAUCUGAAGUCUUACAGGAACACUGUACCUGUCCCAAGGCACUGGUCUCAAAAGAGGAAAUUCUUGCAGGGCAAGAGGGGUAUUGAGAAACAACCUUUCCAACUUCCUGAUUUCAUUGCUGCAACCGGGAUAGAAAAGAUAAGACAGGCAUAUAUCGAGAAAGAGGAUAGCAAAAAGUUGAAGCAGAAGCAGCGUGAGCGCAUGCAGCCAAAAAUGGGCAAGAUGGAUAUAGAUUAUCAGGUUUUGCACGACGCCUUCUUCAAAUACCAAACUAAACCAAAAUUGACUAGUCAUGGUGACCUGUACUACGAAGGGAAAGAGUUUGAGGUCAAACUUAGGGAAAUGAAGCCAGGUAUGCUGUCCCGAGAACUUAAAGAAGCUCUUGGUAUGCCUGAUGGUGCACCACCUCCAUGGCUUAUAAACAUGCAGAGAUAUGGUCCUCCGCCCUCUUAUCCUUCGCUGAAGAUUCCUGGUCUGAAUGCUCCAAUUCCUCCUGGUGCGAGUUUUGGUUACCGACCUGGGGAAUGGGGAAAGCCUCCUGUGGAUGAGCUCGGACGCCCCUUGUAUGGAGAUGUUUUUGGAAUCCAGCAGCAGGAUGAACCUAAUUAUGAUGAGGAACCAGUUGACCGCAGCAAGCACUGGGGUGACUUGGAGGAGGAAGAGGAGGAGGAAGAAGAAGAGGAGGAGGAAGAGGAAGAUGACCUAAUGGAAGAAGAAGACAUGGAAGCGGGCAUUCAGUCUGUUGACACCAUCUCCAGCACUCCCACUGGCGUGGAAACACCUGAUGUCAUUGAUCUUCGGAAGCUACAGAGGAAAGAGCCUGAAAAACAAACAGAAAAGCAGCUAUACCAGGUUCUUGAGCAGAAGGAGGAAAGAAUUGCACCUGGGACGCUCUAUGGAUCAAGCCAUACGUAUGUGGUCGGGGCACCGGAUAAAGCUGGGGUUAAAAGGGUUGAUCUUCUUAAGAAUCAGAAGUCCGACAAAGUGGACGUCACCAUACAUCCUGAGGAACUUGAAGUUAUGGAUGAUGUUUUGGCAGCCAAGUACGAAGAAGCACGAGAAGAGGAAAAGCUGCGGAACCAGAAGGAAGAUUUCAGUGACAUGGUGGCGGAGAAUGCAAGCAAGAGGAAGAGGAAGCAGGACAAGGAUGGGAAAUCCAAAAAGAAGGACUUCAAGUUUUAGAUGUUGCUGUUGGGUUACCGUUUCUCCCUUUAUUCAGGAGGACGUUUCCAUUUCGUCCUGUAGCCUAUGCCAAGCUGUAUGUAUAUGCAUGCACGGAUGUAGCACCUCUACGUGUACGACGGUUUUAAUGUCACCGACAUGCAUGUCAAGGACGUAUUAUGUAUGUUAACUUCUGGCUUAUUGUUUUUAUCAGCAUUUAGUGAUGUCUUACAAGAGUAAA